CAUCCCCUUGGAUGGACUCGCGAAAAACGCCCAAUAAGAUCGACCUCUACGACGUCCGGCGGCGACCGUGGUACAUCCAGGGGGCAGCGUCGCCUAAGGACAUGCUGAUCCUAGUGGAUGCGAGUGGCAGUGUCUCUGGCCUCACCCUGAAGCUAAUCCACACCUCUGUCAACGAGAUGCUGGAGACCCUGUCUGACGAUGACUACGUCAAUGUGGUCUAUUUCAAUGAUAAAGCGGUGAAGGCGGCAUGCUUUCAGAACCUGGUCCAGGCCAACGUGCGGAACAAGAGGUUCCUGAAGGAUGCUGUGCGGAACAUCUCAGCCAAGGGCAUCACAAACUACAAAGGCGGCUUCGAGUUGGCCUUCGAGCAGCUCUCAUCGUUGAACGUGACCCAGGGCAGGGCGUUGUGUAACAAGAUCAUCAUGCUGUUCACUGACGGAGGAGAGGAGAGGGCCCAGGAGAUCUUCCAGAAGUAUAACGCUGACAAAAAGGUGCGGAUAUUCACGUUCUCAGUGGGCCAACACAACUAUGACAAAGGACCAAUCCAGUGGAUGGCCUGCACCAACAAAGGGUACUAUUACGAAAUCCCCUCCAUCGGUGCUAUCAGGAUCAACACUCAGGAGUACCUGGAUGUACUGGGAAGGCCCAUGGUCAAAGCAAACAACAAGGCCAAGCAGGUUCAAUGGACCAACGUUUACCAGGACGCACUGGAGCUGGGUCUGGUGAUCACAGGAACACUUCCCGUCUUCAACAAGACCAACACCAAAGCUGACAAAGAGAGGGGACUACAGAGGCCCCAAAACCAGCUGAUCCUGGGAGUGAUGGCUAUCGAUGUGUCUCUGGACGACAUCAAAAGACUAACGCCAAGAUUUACAUUUGGACCAAAUGGCUAUUACUUUGCCAUUGACCCCAACGGUUACGUCUUGCUGCAUCCCAACCUCUGCCCAAAGAAUCCUAAAUUUCAGGAGCCUGUAACUCUGGACUUCCUGGACGCUGAGCUGGAGGAUGAGAUUAAAGUAGAGAUAAGAACGAACAUGAUUAAUGGAGAAACCGGCCACCGCACCGUACACACACUAGUGAAGUCCCAGGAUGAGCGGUACAUAGACCGAAGCGAAAGAUCGUACACAUAUGCCCCUGUAAAGGGUACAGAUUACAGUCUAGCCUUGGUCCUUCCAGUGUACAGCCUGCAUUACAUCCACACUACUAUCGGAGACACCAUCACCCAGGCCAAAUUCUCUGAAAGCCUGCAGGAAGACAAGUUUGAGGAGUAUGGAUACACUCUCAUUGCACCAAGGGAGUAUUGUAAGGAUCUGAAGCCGUCUAAAAACAACACAGAGUUCCUGAUGGACUUCAACGAGUACAUCGACAGGAAGACUCCCAACAACCCACUGUGCAACGUGGAUCUGGUGAACAGAUUGUUGCUGGACGCUGGGAUCACGUCAGACCUCGUCAAGCAGUGGAGAGAUCAGAUGCCAAAUGGAGUCCUGGCCAGGUUUGUGGCCACUGAUGGAGGAAUCACUCGCAUUUAUCCCAAGAGUGCUGGACUAGACUGGACAGAGGACCCAGAGACGUACGAGUCAAGCUUCUAUAAGAGAAGUCUGGACAAUGACAUCUACAUCUUCACACCAACACCCUACCAGGAGGACACCAACAUGACUGAGGACUCAGUCCUGGUGAGCAGAGCAGUGAACCUGGACAUUGAUGGAGUCAGACUCAAACCAGCAGUUGUGGGAGUGAAACUGGACAUCAGUACCUGGAUGACCAACUUCAUCAAUGCUACUCUGAAGAUGAACUGUAAGGACGAGAUCUGUGGUUGUCAGAGGAAUGAUGAGCAUGUGGACUGUGUCAUCCUGGAUGAUGGGGGAUUCCUAGUCAUGGCCAAUCGGGAUGAAUACAUCGGUCAGAUCGGCCAGUUCUUCGGGAUGAUCGACCCUAUCCUCAUGGUCAACCUGGUCAACAUGUCUCUGUUCACACUCAACAAGACAUACGACUACCAGUCAGUCUGCGACCCCAAGAGGGAGAGCAAGGGGUCCGCGGCGGGCCUGCGCUCAGUCUACGUGCCCACCAUAGCAGACAUUUUGAACGUUGGAUGGUUAGCAUCAGCAGCAGCCUGGUCGAUACUACAACAGUUGUUGGUUAGCAUAGCGUUCCCUAAUUUCCUGCAAGCAGCGGACACUGAUGAGGAAAUACCUGACAUGUCCAAGGAGAGCUGUAUCACGGAGCAGACUCAAUACUUCUAUGACAACGAGGAAAAGUCCUUCAGAGGAACGCUAGACUGUGAAAACUGCUCCAGGAUGUUCCAUGCUGAGAAGCUGUGGAAGACCAACCUGGUGUUCGUCAUCGCCGACGCCAAGCUCACCUGCAUGUCAUGUGACCACAAGCCCUUAAUACAGGCCGAGCAGCCUUCUGAGGGACCAGACCCAUGUGAAAUGGCUGAGAAACCAAGGUUCCGAAAAGGUCCAGAUGCCUGUUUCGACAACAACGAGAGGGAUGAGCACAUGUGCCCGACGAGCGCAGGCUCUCCAUUGGCCUCCUCUCUGCUCAUGUUACUGCUGCCACUGUUCAUGUGCUGUCUCGGGAGGAGGACUUUGACUGUGGCGGGGCGUCGGCUCUGAGCCCAUCCCUGUUGGCCAUGGUGGCGCUGCAGCUGGCCCUGCUCUGGCUCCUGGCUGGCUCAACUCACCACGCCGUCCCCUCGUGACCUCUGAAGACCUCGGUUGCAACCGGCAAGCAACGCCGCCUCAAAAUGACGAACGCUAAAACAAAAAAACAUCUGAAACCACUUCCUGACAGAUCUUCUUUUGGGAUAUUUGCGUUUUUCAAGGGUUUCGUUACAUUUCUUCACCCAGGGGUGGGAGAAAGUGAGGAAAGUUAACGUCGGUGGGAUGUAAAAAAAAUUCUAAGCGAACUUUCAUCCCAGACCCCUGACUUUUCCCCUCCAGCCAUCUGAGCUUCCAGCCAUCUGAGCUUAGGGAGAUCGAGGUGAUUGAGUGGUGAACUUUGACCUUUGUUUGGCUCAACGAUGACAACCCUGCGAAUGCUACAGGUUGGACUGCCUUACAGUGCCAGGGGGAAAGUGAAAGGACUGCCUCUUCCUUUUGGGUUCCUUUUAGGUUUUUGUGAUGUUCUAAAAGAGAUCCCCGUUGAUUUGUAUUCAACACUGCCAGAAACAGUGCUGCCCUUCGCAACCGUCCCGUUGUGUUUGUCAUAAAGUUAUUUAUUUAUUUCAAAGCAUUUGCAGUGGCUUGUUACUCAGAAUUGAAAUGUGUGUUUGUUUUGUUCAAGUUGCAAUAAGUUGUUUAAUAGGAAGUCAGAAAUCAGAAUGUUUUUUAUUUUACACUGGGGUGCUGUUGGCAUUAUUCUGUUUGUUUCAAGUCCCAUUUAAAAGUAGCAACACAUUUACAUUCACGCUGCUGUCCUUGUAUAGAUGUGGUGUAUGACCAUCAUAUUCAUUCACAUACAUGUGGUCACAUAUGAACCCUUUUGCCCUCACUCACUAUCCCCUGUUUGAAGUGAUGGAUCCCUUUCUGUUUGCGGUCAACCACUUCUCCCUCAACCUUGACCACAAAUGGUCAAUGUCGGGUCCUACCAUCUUGGUAUCUGGUCCCUCUGAACUAACCAUCAUUGCCAAAGUGCAGUUGACCAAUCAGGGCACCCCGGCUGGCCUCUAGUGCGCUCAUUGGUCUAAUCGCUAGUGCCAUGUUGAUUCUUAGUCAGACAAACCCUUUAUCUUUAUUUAUUUGACUGUGUGGCUACUGACCUGAAGGAAACUUGAUGUGUUUGGUAUUCAUUUGAAUAUUUAAGUUUGUUUUUGUUUUUUAUUAGGAUGAAGGGCAUAGCUGCAUGCUACUGUGUUAUGUUGGCUUUAAUGCCAUUAUGUUUUGAUUGAUUUCAAUGCGUCAAUGCAAUGGAUAUAAAAUGAAGAGAAAGAGUAGGGGGGGUGUAGGAAAUGUAGACUUUGGUACAUGACAGUUUAUUUGUGCUUGCUUAUGUAUCACUUCUUGAUUUGAGUAUCAUGAAUACGUGACUUGCAACUACAAGAAUCUGUCUUUCUCACAAUGUUCUGCCCGCUAUUGAAGAGAACAUUUCCCCAAAUCAAAAACAAUUGCACCUCGUUGCAAAGUGAAUUAAAACAGAAAUUGCUUUAAGACCUAUUGAGAAUGUCUAUCAAUACAAUCCAAUCUAAAUUCAUUCAUGAAUUCAUGAGUGUGGAUAUCAGUCCUGUUGUACUUUCUUAGUUUUUGUGUGCCUUGUGGUUCUGGAACUUUAAUAACUUUAUGAAUUAGGGAUUCAAGACAGAUUGACAAUAGGAUACUGUCUUUCUGAGUGUACUAUACUAUGGUAUACACCUGUUAACUCAUUUCUCCACAAGAACAGCCACCAAAAUACUACAUAAGAAAUAACAGAAAUGUGCCUCAUUUUAUUCAGGACCAAAUCUGGACCCGUCAAUCAUCCUUAGCCAAAUGAUUAUGCAGUGGAAUAACUUUGAGUGGAAGAGACAUAAGGUUAAGUUUCUUUAUUCAACGUUGUAGAAAAACAACGUUGAAUAAAGUUUUAUUAAAAAAUGGUUUUAUUAUCAUGUCAGAAUAUUAACAAUUCCUCUCUAAAUGUAUUGUAUUCGUUUCAUUUUUGAACAUGGUUCAAAAGAGGGACAUGGUAGAUAUGCUGUGCUUUAAAAAAACGUUUUUUCUAUGAUGCAAUUCAGCUAGUUGGACUGGGACGUGAUCUGAUGGUCGAUUAGUGUUACUGAUCUGUUGUAGAGCAAAUAUACAGGAGUUCCUGGCACUGAAAUCACCUCUUAAGCACUAAAAAAGAUAAUUUUAGACAAUCGAUUCGAUAACAAUUGACAAUCAUAGUUUCCGAUAACUUGCUUAAGACUAGUAUUAGUAAUACUUCAUUGAAUUGCUGUAAAUGAAAAUGCAAACAACUGCCAAAAGAGGGAGUUUAAAGGAGCCUUGGAGUAAUGUCAGAAACAUUCACGCAUUGUUUCCUUUGAAAACAGAGGCAUAUGGACUCAGGAAACCACAUAGUCAAUUCAGUGUAGAGUUGGGAAACUACAUGAUUACGCUGUGUGGUCUCUAGUGCCAUUCAAAUACUUCUCCCACACCUCAUUAUCAUUGCUUAAAUUAUAAUUGCAAAGCGUUCUUACGUCACCCAGAAUAAAAUCCUUCUGGGCUUUUUUCAUUUCUCUGAAACACUGAAGAGGAAGGGGACUUUUGUUAUGAUCCCAGUCUUAAGCUAUGAUUAUUUGCCAAUAUGUUAUGUGGCGAAACUCAAGCACCAUCACCAAAGGCGGACUGCUGUCAUGUCCGAAACUAUACGAAUGGUCUAAGGUGACAUUUAGGGUCCCGUAAUGGUUGUUUCAAUGUUCUGUGGGGAAACUAACUAACAUACUGGUAUUUAAGACCCUCAAUAUCUAAGAACAUUCAAGAAUACCAAGUGCCAUAGGACUCUCUUUCUCUUUUUACCGGGAAACCUAUUACUAACGUUUAGGCAACGUUUAGGAUUGAAUAAAUGCAAAUCUCAUCUGUUUUCCCUGUGUUGCAUGAUAAUGCCAUGAUACUGUAUCAGUGGCAGGCAAUGAGAUAAAGUACACUCUAUCUUCUCCUGCUUUGGUGUGUAACGUUGGGAUGGGAAGCAUAAUACCGUGGGUUUGUUGGGUGUUUGUUUAUGAUAUGAUAACGAUACAGCUUCUACUGCCUUUCUCUUGAGGAGACAGCAUUUGGUACUGCCCUGGUCUGACUGAGCGCAGUGGCCUAGCGGUUAGAGCGUUGGGCCAGUAACCGAGAUGUCACUGGUUCGAAUGCAUGAGACUACAAGGUGAAAAAUCGGUCAAUUUGCCCUUGAGCAAGGCACUUAACCCUAAUUUGCUCCAGGGGUGCUGUACUACUAUGGCUGACCCUGUAAAACAACACAAUUCACUGCACCUCUCCGGUGUAUGUAACAAUACAUAUCUUUUCCUCUGUCACAGGUUGUCACAUUCAAGACCAGACUAGACCCUUGGGAAAUGGUGUCUGGUUAUUUCAUGCCACUCUAAGGGCUAAAAUCAGAUGCUGUCACCUCAGGAAUAACAUAUUAGCAGAGUGAUUGGAAGUGUUUUUCGAUGCUGUGGUGCUCUCUGUGUGGAUUGUGUGGGUUAUGCUUUUUCUGGACUCUUUUUGUUCUCAAGAACGCUCAGUGUGUUUUAAGGGGAGUGUCCCAUGCCUGCCACACUAUGUCAGGCUAUUGGUGGAACCGCCCUCCAAUCUUUCUCUGCCAGCGUUUUCAUGGCAGACCAUUGGUGGACCUGUCCACUAAUCUCCCCUUGUCAGCCUCCCUUUUGACAGGCUAUUGGUGGGCCUCCCCGUCAAUCUCCCUUGAUUGUGCUUUUAAGAUGUUACACUUUUGUGGAACUUGAUUCGCCUGAAUCAGUCAUGUAUAAAUUUGUACGAUACUGUUAUUAUUCUCCGACGAAAGAAAGAAAAUAGUAAUGUUUAUAAUCCUGGAAAAUGCUUAUUCAUGUGCAAAUACAGUAUAUUCAGAAUAAAACUUUCUCAUUAGCUAUUGAA